AUGGUACCACCCUUAUCCAUCAAGGAUUUUGCUGCUCUAGUAGAGAAGACAAGAGUAAUAGAGAAGAUGAAGAAUGAGGUAGAGGGUCAGCGACCACAGCAACCUCAGAGGAUUGGUGGACCAUCUGGGUCCAAGCCCAGACAUGAUGAGCGGAGGAGACCAUAUGACAGACCUCACUAUCAGCCUCAGGGGUCUAGGAGCCUUCCUCCCCAGCAGGGUCGAGUGUUGUGUUACAUAUGUGGGGGCCCUCCAAUUCAGACUCCCCACCAACAUCAGCGGAGGGACAAAGGCAACAGGCCUCAGACAACCAGCAUGGUGUAUGCUAUGUCAGGAGCAGAGGCAACUGGCUCAAGUAACUUAGUUAUGGGUAGUUGCAUGAUAGCUGGUUUAGUCAGGACGUUGUCCUUAUGUGCUAGGUGUCCAAUGGAGGUAGAGGGACGCAGGUACAAAAUGAACCUAAUCUGCCUGCCUCUACAAGAGUUGGAGGUGAUCUUGGGGAUGGAUUGGCUCUCUACCAAUCACAUUCUUAUAGAUUUUCAAGGAAAUAGAUUGUUAUUUCACGACUCAGAGGAGCCUGAGUUGUUAUGCUCCCAAGGAGUUCUUAAGGAGCUACAAGAUGGUGCUCAGUGCUUCAUGAUACUUACACAUCUUGUGGUGGAGAAAGAGGAGAGGACGUUAGUUAUACCGGUCGUGCAUGAGUUUGAGGAUGUAUUCCCGGAUGAGGUGCUAGGGUUGCCUCCCGCAGAGAGGUGGAGUUCUCUAUCGAUCUAG